GAGCGAACUUCUUGCGUCACCUGGAAACACAUGACAACAACUAUGGCUGCCUCCUGCUCGCUAGCGUUUUGUGGAGAGGAUAGAGAUGACGACAAAGCUGUUAUCGUCCGCUUUUCAAACGGCAGCGUCAGAAAUGAAGACAAACUGGAUUUCACGAUGUACAAGAGCGUGGAUGAGAAUAACCCCAGAAAAAAGAGCAGACGGAUAGUGGUUGCUGAAUCAAACAGACUGUCCUAUGUUGGAAAUAAUUUUGGACCAGGGUCUCUGAAAUGCAACAACCUUUGCAAAUAUUAUCUUGGGGUGUUAAACAAACAGACCAUGCAAAUGGAGGUGCACAACGCUCAGGUCUUCAACAUGCAACCUGUCAUACCAGGAGAGAUAACAGAUGCUGCAAAAGCCCAGGAUGUUACUCAGACCUACAGAGACAAGGUUGACUCUUUGAUUGAGGCGUUUGGCACCAACAAACAGAAGAGAGCUUUGAGCUCCCGCAGGCUCAAUCAGGUGGGCAGUGACACACUGCACCAAGCGGUGGCUAAGGCUGCCAGCACUGUGAUCGACCAGAAGGGUCUGGAAGCUCUACAACAGGAAGUUGCUGAGACAGAGUCCCAAGGAGAGCUGGCUCUCCACCUGCCUCCCUGUAAUGCAGACGCAGACAGACCUGAGAACGUCUACCUAUUUGAUGAUCUCCUGAGUCCAGUGGAGUUUGGUGCUUUGGAGCAGGCUGGUUCCAAGAUGGCAGCACUCACCCCUGAAGAGCUGAAGAAGAUGACAGAUGAUGGAGGAUGGCUGUGUAUUGUGAAGCACCUAGAGAAUAUGCCAGAUGUAGGUGAAGCCAGAGAUAAAGUGGCACGCUGCACCUUUUACCUUUCUCUGCUGCUCAAACUGGCACGGCAGAAGAGUGUCACCCGCAAGUUCGCUCAGGAGGAAGGCUGUCCACGGAUCCUUCAGAACAAACUGCUCCGAACAUUCACUGUGGAGACUUUCAGCAAUGGCAGGGUCCUGAACUUGGUGUCAACAUCAAUGCGCACCAAAUUAGCAGCUUACUCCCUGGCCCUGCUGCUGCAUAUGGGUCACAUGACUGCUGACCUCACAUUACUGCAUCGUGACCUGGGAAUCACUGAGGCAAGGAUGAUUGAAGUUGCAAAGUCAAUGGGACUGACCCUAAUUAGACCAGCCCGGGGGAAGACUAAUGAGGCUGGAUUGCAAGACGAACACAGGCAGGCGUCUCUUGCUUUACCUCUGGUCAAAUACGAUCAAUUCCUGGAGAGAAGGAAACGCAAGAAAAUGCACUGAAGAUCAUAACAAGAAAAGGCAAGAACUGGAUAAAGAGAGAAGACUAUAAGAAUUUGAAAUACAACAAACAAGAACUGUUUAAUGCUUUUUGUAGACAAAUAAAACGGUGAACUUUGAGUUAUACAUGAUAUUGUUAGUAAAUGUUGACUGUGCAUGAUACAAAAAAAGCUGAGUAAUGAGCUGUAAACAAAUCCUAGAUGACAGAAAACAUAUAGCUUAGACAGGUAAAACGUAUAGGCACAUUUGUAGACAUCACAUAUUGCACACUGAACAUGUCUUUCCUUCUGUAACUGGCCAUCACCAGGUGAGUCUGUGCUGUUGAUAAAUCUGGAAUAGCUUGUCUGGAUAACUUGCCCUCCUCUGAAUUUCAUGUAGUCAAAGCUGAAGGGCAUCACAUUUUAAAAACCACAGGGCAUGAAUCAAAAACACAGACUCACCAGGAAACAGAACAGCUCUGUGCAAGAGGCAGAAGCUCAAGUCUGGCUUUGUGUUUUUUUUCUUGUUUUCUUUUUUGCAUAUACACACUAUGACAACUCCUUCCCUAGCUACAAUCACUGAU